AUGGAGACGACGGCAGACGACAAGCACGUCUGCCUGAUCUGCCACAAGAUAUUCCCGAAGCAACGCAUCCUGAACCGCCACAUGAAGUGUCACAGCGACAUCAAACGAUACCUGUGCACUCUCUGUGGCAAGGGUUUCAAUGAUACCUUUGAUCUCAAGAGGCAUACCAGGACGCAUACAGGAGUGCGUCCGUACAAAUGCAGUCACUGCGACAAAGCAUUCACGCAGCGGUGCAGUCUGGAGUCGCACGAACGCAAACUGCACGGACUUGAAAUUCCCUACGCUUACAAGGAGCGCCGCCACAAAACAUACGUCUGCGAGGAAUGCGGCCACACAAGCGACCAACCGGAAGUUCACUAUAAACAUCUGAAGGACAACCAUCCCGAUUGUCCAUCGCUCAGGAGGACUCAUGAUAGAAGACUCUUCAAGUUUUCCGCCGCCGCCAAUGUGCUCGCGUCGAAUUCUAACAACACCAACAGCAGUGGCAUGAAUGACAUUGAUCAAAACAUUAAUCUGAACAAUGAACAUUUAGUCGACGAAAAUAACAACGACUUUGGUUGCUAUGACAACAAUUAUCAUGUCAACAGCAACAGCAGCAGUUUCUACAUUAACGAUAACAGCAAUCACAGCAGCAACAGCAGCCAGCAAAGCAGAUGUGACAUCAAACACAACAUCAAUGCAUACUCCGAUGAUAGUUGCUGCUCAACUGUUGAUGUCAGCCGAUAA